UUGUCUUUGCACCUACGUACACACAACCAAAUAUAUGAACAUGGGUCGAUUAUUCAUAUGCUUUAUCGUCCUAAUAAGUUUAUUUUACAUUAGCUUAGUCUUGGGAGAUAUUGGCACAGCUACUUCUUAUAAUUCCCCUUAUACACCUACCAAAUGUGGCGGGAACAGGUCAGAUCAGUUCCCUUCGGGGAAUCUAUUUGUGGCAGUGAGCGAAGGGCUGUGGGAUAACGGGGCGGCGUGCGGGCGGCGUUACAGGCUGAGAUGUUUGAGUGGAAACAAUAGGCCAUGCAAAGAAGGAACAAUUGACGUGAGAGUUGUUGACUAUUGCACCAAAAGGCCAUGUCCUUCAACUAUUGCUUUGUCAACUGAUGCUUUUGCUCAAAUAUCAAUUUCUCAUAAUGCUAAGAUCAACAUCGAAUAUGUCCAGAUUUGACAAGAAAUUGAAGAAGUGAAGCUUAGGAAUAUGAAACACGCCAUGAUUAGAAGGAAAUUCAUCGCAAUGUCUCAACUUUGAUGUAAUUUAUAAUUUAAAUACAUUUUUGAGCAA